AUUCAAAGUCAAAUGUUGUUGUUUGGAUUGGACGUAUUGGAAGAAACUAGAAAAAUAAUAUAAUUAAUUCUUAAUUAUCUCUAUAGUAAUUACAUAUUUUGUUAUAGACGAAUGGUCAAUAAAAUUAUAAAAUGUCUGCCAUGGAUGAUAUUUACACCAAUUUAGAAAACUAUGAUGACUACAACAAACUUGAAGAGCUCCAAAAUGAAAACAAAACACUGAAGUUUAAAAUUGAAGAAUAUACGUCGGCAAUAAAUAAGCUUCAAAAAAAUAUUUUACAGGAUUUUGAUAUGUUAGCUGUGGAACAUAAAAAACUGGAGUUGAAUUAUUCAUCAUUACUCAAAACUGCUAAAGCUGAGAUUGAGAGGAAAACAUUAAUGAUAAAGGAGCUAAAUAUAGAGAAAGAUAAAUUAAUAAUAAAUGCAAGACAGAAUAAUAUUAAAAGUAAAUUCAAUAAGUUUCAAAGUGAUAGAUUUAAUUCUAAAAGUAAUAAAAGCUCUGAUACAAGCAGCAUACAAGAGCCAAUGCAAACACAUCGUAACAGCCAAGUUGUACACAAUGAAUUUAAAAACGACAAUACCUCACCAUUAGACACAUCAACCUGCAGUGGAGAUACAAGAGACUUGAAUGACGCCCUUCGCUUAGCCAACAAAAGUAUCAAAAAUGCUACAAGUUAUACUAAAGAAAAUUCAGUACACAUGUCAAGUAAACUUGAAAACAAAGAGACAGAGGUAAAAGUUAAGAAAAUUAUGAAUAGAAGAAAGUCAAUGCCAGCAUCAAGUUGUCGAGCUGUAAAUUACAGUACAGACGAUGAACGUGAAAGUAGUGUAACAACAAAAUCAAACAACACCCAACAUCCGAUACAGGAUGAGAAAAAACAAUCUUCGGAUAGGUAUUACCAAAACUAUAAAACAUAUGACACAUCAAGUUUGGAAAAUAACUACACACAUUAUCAAGAACAAAUGAGUUAUAGAAAUAAAUCGUAUUAUUACAAUGAUAGUAAUUAUAGGAACAGGGAUAGUUAUGAUUCUUCACAAAGACGUCGCUGGAAUAUUAGUCCGGAUAGAUCAAAUCGAAACGGAAGAGAUUAUACAGAUUAUUACCAUCAAACAUACAAUCGUAGAGGUCACGACAGCCCACCACGAGACAAAUCUUAUCACCAAAGUAGAUCGAGCGAUCGUAAAUAUAAUUACCAAAGAUCUCGCUCAAGAGAUUAUUCAAGAAGUAACAAUGAUAGUGGAAGGUACAGUGACAAACAUAGACUACAAGAUGACACAGAAGAACCAAGUUACAAGCGACAAAAAUAUGAACAUUCACAUAAAUAUAAUGAGGAUGGAGGACGGCAAAGAGAUACCAGUAAUAGCAAAGCCACAUUGCCUAUGUUAAUGGAAAAUUCAGUUUCGUGUCAAUCACCCGACUAUGUACAUGCUGACAGUCAUACAUCAUUAGCGCCUAUUAGAGAAAUAAGGAGUACCGCUGUCAUGCACUUAGAAGACCCACGACUCUCUAGUAAAAAGUAUAAAAUAAUAAAUGACACUGAUAGAGAAAUUUUAACAACAGUUAUUGGAAGAAAUGUAGACAUUAUACCGGUAAAUAAGAAACUAUGGGAUUUUAACCCAAUUCCUAUACCGAAAGCAUUAAUCGAACCACCUUCAAGUUACAUAGAAAAUAUGACGAAAAGUUUUAACAUGGAUUAUUAUUCGAAUUAUAACAUGAUUGGUGGUUCAAAUGAAAUGUCAUAUAGAACUAAGGGAGAUUAUUAUUCGAAAUAUGAACCUGCUGAUCUAAUACAAAAUAAUAGUAAAGAUGCUAUUAUUUCUAAUGCAUUUACAAAUAAAGAAAUACAAUGCAAAGAGGAAGCAAAAAGCAAUGAAGCAACAGUUAGUAUGGACAUUGAAUCACAUACUGUUAAAGAUAAAACUGAUGCUGCUGAGGCUUCUAAAAGUUCAAAAAAACAAAAUAAUUCUGAGGUUUCUAUAGGUACAGAUGCUCUUAGAAACAAAACUUCUAAUAAAGAUUCAGUGGAAAAAUGUUCUGUUUCAAGUCAGGAAAUUUCACAACCUGUUGAAUCUAGACAUACCAAUAAUGUUAAAAGCUACAAUAAUAGAAAUACACAAAAAAAUGUUAAGAACAAGGGAAAAAGGCUGACUGAUAACGAAGAUUCUGAAAAAUUUAUUGAAAAUAGGAAUCACGAAUUAGCUAUGUCGAGGAAAAUUGUUGAAUCAGAUCUGACUUUGAGCGACGACACGAGCGAUAAUUUUGAUCCUCCCCUGACAAUAGUUGACACACAAACUAAAUCUAAAUGUAAAAAAUAUAAAACAAAGGAAUCAAAAAACCACAAAGCUACUAUAGAUUCGAAAAAAUCUGAAAAUACUUUAGAAAUCCUUCCACAUACAAAUACUGCAGAAUGUAAAAUAAAACAUUCACCUGAACAGGAGAAAACUAAACACACUGAGCAAUAUUUAGAAACUACUAAAAAACAAAAAUGUAAAAAGAAAUCACAAGAAGGCAAAGACGACGUUGACGAUUCUAAAACAUGUAAAAUAAAAAAGGCCAAGAAAGAAAAAGAAGGUAAAACAGAAAUAAAAACAAAGUUUAGCGAACUGUUUGGAGACAGCAGUAGUUUAAUAACUUGCGAUGAUCUUGGAGUGGUGCCGCAACAACCUGAACGACCUAACUUUGGCACUAUUAUUGAAGAUACUCAAGAUGCUGUCGAUAUUAAUAUAAAGGAGAUAGACCAAUUUCAGGCACAAAAUGAUGAAAAAUAUGAUACCAAAGAACAAGCGAACAAACAGACAGAGCCUAUGACCGUAACAGCUGAUAACAAAAAAUGUGAUCUCAAAAUAAAUAUAAGAAAAACGGAAGACAAAUAUACUAUAAUUAAUGAAGCUACAGAACCGGUUAAUCUAUUUAACAUAAAAGCAAACGCAGUAUCUAAUAUACCUGAUACCAUUAUUAUAUCUACAGGAAUGCAACAACAAAAUGUAUUCAACAAUGAUGUAGAAUUUAGACAACCGAUGAAUAUGAACUGUGUUGAAAGACUGCAACCUCAUCUUAGUCCGGGGCUGGCUCUGGCCACAUCUACUCCUGCGAAGACACAAGAUCAAAUGCAAAAGGAUGCUGCUGCUUUACAAUCUGACUGUUCCAGUGUUAGUUCAUCUGACGCUAUUAUAGUCAAAUCACAGAUGAAAAAUCAAACAUCUGACUCAGAUUGUCAAAAGGAAUCAGAUGUGCCUGAUGUCAGAAUAUUUGUGAAACGAAGAAGAAAAGGGAAAAAAUGACACGAUGGUGUUAUAUAGUUAUUUUUAAGUUCUAUUUUAGUAAUGUCUCAAAUGCAAAACUUUUAAUAGCAAAUACAGAGAGUACGCUGCGUACUUGUAUUUGAUAUAUAUUGUUAGGAAGAUAAUCCGAAAAUGUGGCAUUGUAUUGACCCAACACUAGCCUUAAAAUGUCGACGUUUGUAUCCCCUCACUAAUCAUUCUGACACUGGACUUUGUAACGAAAGUACGUCAUUCGCGCAAAAUGAUUCUUUAAUUAUGUCUAAAAAUAUUUAGAAGUAUUUAAUAUUUGAAUAAUAAAUAUUUUGACGCGACUUCAAAUGUAACAUAUCUAUGUUAAUUUGAAAGUUACCAAAUUUAUAUUACUUAAGUAUAACACCCCAUUCCGGUCCUAGUUUCGAUAAUUGUAGGGGAUUGUUAAAUACAGGCUGUUUAUUAUUAGAUUUAGUUCAUAAGUUCUUUAUUCUUAAUGUUUGUUUUCUAUAUGAAUACUACUAUUCUCUCUAAGUUUGCUCAAAAGACAUGACAAACUGUUAAGAUUUGUUAAAAAAAAA